AUGGUCCAGUUUUACCGCAAGACUCAUACCUAUCCCGAACCUCCCCCAACACCCCUCCUCGCCUUCUUCCUGCGUUAUCCAAACCCGUUCGCACGGCACGUCCUAUCAGUCGACGUCCUCGAACGAACAGUAGACCCGAGCACGGGGCGCAUCAAGACUGUCCGCCUAAUCCUCAAGCGCGGGAUUGUACCCCAAUGGGCGUCCAAGUUCCUCCCCGUCGCCAAGGCCUCUGGCGGACGAGGCCUCGACGCCUGGGUGCUGGAAGAGAGCGUCGUCGACCCACCCGGAUGGGGGAAAGAUCCGGAGGAAGCCUUGGCAGCUGGACCGCCCACACACCAUGUGGGCAGCGAGAUGCUGGCGUCGUACAGGGAGCAGCCGCGCUUGCGGGUGUGGCAAGCGAAUCUGAGCUUCAAAAAGUUCAUGCAUGUCAUCGAAGGGGGUGAGCUGUGUGCUGGCCCCGAUGGAUCAACAAUGCAUCACACUACCGCUGAGGUGCGGUCGCAGUUCGGCGGAUCGUGGUCCCAGAUUCUGCGGGACAAGAUUGAGUCCUAUGGCAUUGGCAAGUUUGAAGGCAACACUGAACAUUCGCGUAAGGGCAUGUCUCUCAUCCUCGGCCUACUUCGCCGGCGUGAGAUGGCCAACGGAUCAAUCGACACGUCCAAGCUCAAGCCCGAGGACGCACCAUAA